AUGGGUGGCUCGCAGCCAUUCAUGUAUAACGCCGCAUGGCGAAAUGACGCGAGGUUUCCCGCAACCACUUUUGAUCCUAAGGCUGUGACGCGGGCCAGCUGGGAGCCAAAGCCUAGGAAACCGCCUCCAACAGGCCCUCUCAUCUCAUUCGACCGACACCCUGAUGCCCAUAUGGUCGUUUCACACCGAAAUAAUCCAUACUUGCCACUUGGACAGCGAAUGAAGAAAUGGAUCAAGGGAUUACGGAAUGUUCAGUUUUUGAUUCGUGUUUUGGAAAUUAAUGCAGCCAUUGGUUCCCUCGUCCUACUCAUUCUCAUUACAAACAUUGACGAGGCCACAGGGUGGAUUAUGAGAAUUUCGCCCGGUGUCGCCAUCGCUCAGUGUUCAUACGCGAUAUAUCACCUAUCUCGGAACGCCUCUGGUCGUACCCCAGGCUCCUCAGCUGCCUAUCACGUCUUUGCUGCCACCUCCGAUCUGCCUAAUGCCGCCGGAUAUGAACCCGCUCGAGGAUCAUCUGACAGCGAGGCCAUUCCAUAA